CAGUUGCCGCUGCAAGUUCGCUUGAAAUAUUUGUUGUCUUACUUAAACUAAAGUGCGCUGUAAUCUCUCAUCAUCAUCAUCAUCAUCAUCAGCAGCAGCAGCAGCAGUAACAGCGUCUCCGCUUUUCAUCACUGGGCCCAUUUGUGGCUCUGUCAGCAUUUUGCUAAGGAAAGCCACAGGCGAGCUGCACUUCAGAAUGAAAUGCCUCUUCCUAUGAUUCUUGAGUGUAAUUAAUUAAUUUCGCGCUCAUUUAACUAUGCGCCCAUUGUUUGCUGACGCUGCUGCUGCUGCGCAGCAUAAAGCAUAAUGUGCACAAUUUACAUAACAUUCGGAUGGGGCAGCAAUUGCAGCUCAGUGAUCGUUCCACAUUGGCCGUGUGCACGCGUCGCAUUCAACUCGACUACGAACUGCGCCCUGGAGAAAGGAUAUCCGAAAGGAACAAUUGAAUUAUUUUCUCUUUUUUUGUCUAAAAUGUCGCACGGCGAACGAAAAGGUCGCCUGAAUGUGGUUAAAUUUCUAGAAUUGGCCUUCUCCGUUGCCUGCCUUGUGCUGCACUUCUAUAGCUUUAACGAUCGCGACAUUAUGACCUCAUUCAUGGCGACGGGCACAUUCACUGGCUACAUUAUUGUGGUCAUCGGUGUGUUUGCAGGCGUCCUGAUGCGUGCACCCAUACACAAGCGCAUCGACAUCUUCUUCAGCGUGCUGGGCUGCGCCCUGUUCGUGGCCAGCGGGAUCUUCAUAAUCGAGGCCUGGGAGUUCUCCUUUCGCACACGCACACGGGAUCUGGCGCUGAUCAAGGCAUCGUUGUCCAUAGUGAAUGGCGUGUUGUUUGGCUUCGAUGCCAUCUUUACAUUUCGGGAUAAAUAAUACAUAACGCUCGGUGAUUCGGCCCCAUUUUGGCACUGCAUUUACAAACGUAUUAUACUUAAGACACAGAUACUUCCCGCAUACAUACAUAGACAUACAUACAUACGUGUUUGAAAUCAUAAAUAAUAUAUUACAGAAAAGAAACCAGGAAAAAACUAAAAUAGGAAAAGGUUUUCGU